UCUAUAUAUAUAUAUACACAACUCAAACAAACUUUAUCUGAUUUGCUUUCUAACUUGAAUUACUUAAAGAACAUUAAAGAUCGAGAUUCCAUUUUGAUCAUAUCAAAUGGGAAAAACUACCUGGAGCAAAAUAAGAUCCUUCUUUAAGAACAAGAUGGGUGAGUUUGCUUGCUGCAAAUCGCAGAAGGAACGUGGCAAUAGCUUUACCAGUAAAUUAAACGUCAAUGAAGAGUACACGGAAGCUUUCAGAACGAAGUCAUACAUGGAAAUAUGCAGUAAGGCUCAAGGCCAGUUGGCAAGAAUAAGAAGAAGCUUUGAUAUUGAUAGAUCAUCUUCUCUUUCUUUAUAUGUAAAACUGUCUGAAUAUCUGCUGGAACCGCAACAAGAAACUUUAAUGAACAUGAUAAAGACCUUGCGCUUCCAUCACCUUCUCAUCGAUUAUUUUGAAGCUAGCCUGGAAGCCUACAAUAUCUGUGAAUUGCUCCUCAGAAGCGUCCAUCAGACUCGAGCUAAUUAUCUGAAAAUCCAGAGGGUUAUCAAGCCAACCAGAAAGGUGAAUGAUUGUUUAGUUAUAUUCAGACAACUUUCUGCAUUUGCCUCUCUCAGAAACCCAUUAUCAAUCUUCAGCCAAGUGAAAUUCCGAGAUUAUCAUCGAAAAAACAUUGUGCUGCUAACUAGUUUGACAUCAAAAGGGAAGAAGAUUAGAAGGAGAGCAAAGUGCAAUAAGCUUUUUAAGUACAAUCUGGUAAUAUUUCAAAAUGCAUUAAUAAUUGUGAUGCUGGUUUUUCUACUCCAUAGCAUGGUUGGCAUUGUAGCAACACCUGGACUUGUGGCUGGUUGUUUAGUUUUGAUCAAGAAAAAAGUCAUGUUGGUUCAUCGACGUUUCAAGUCAAGCUUGCUGGAAAGACUUGCUGCACAGCUCGAUGUUGCAGCGAAAGGCGUUUAUAUUCUGAUCAAUGAUUUUGAUACAAUGAGUCGGAUGGUGCAGAGCUUAGAUGACGAGGUAGAACACUGCAAAACCAUCGCCAACAUGUGCGUCAGGAUUGGCAAACCUGAAAUAUUGAAGGAGGUUGUGCGAGAGUUUCAAAUCAAUCAGUCUAGAUUUCUGGAGCAGUUAAACGAGCUUGAAGAACAUAUUUACUUGUGUUUUCUCAACAUAAACAGGUCAAGAAGGCUUGUUCUGCAAGAGAUUAUGGUGCCUCAGCAUAACAGAAGAUGAACUUGGUGAUACUGUUUCUGAAGAUGUGAGCGAUUUGCUUCAGCUGAAAUUCUUUUCAAGAGCUUCAUGGAUUGAGUAUUACUUAGCCAAAGACUAAGCUGUAUAUAUUAAAACCAGGAUCCUUUUCAAGUUCUUUUAUUUAUGCCAAAAACUCUGAAGAUUUAUAUAAGACAAUAAAAUUAAAAGCACAUUAUGUAUCUUUCGCCUGUAAGUAAUUAAUUCACGUUUCUCUGUUUCUUA